AUGGAAGCCAUCAAGCAGACCUUUCAACGCUGCAAGGCGCAGGGCCGGCCGGCGCUGGUCACGUAUGUGACUGCGGGAUACCCUCGACCGGAAGACACGCCCGGCAUCUUGCUGGCCAUGGAGAGGGGAGGGGCUGAUGUUCUGGAACUCGGCGCUCCCUUCACGGAUCCCAUUGCUGACGGACCGACCAUUCAGACGGCAAACACGAUUGCUCUGCAAAAUGGCGUGAGCAUCGAGUCCACCCUGGGCAUGGUCAAGGAGGCCAGAUCUCGCGGCCUCAAGGCUCCCGUCAUGCUCAUGGGCUACUACAACCCCCUCCUCAGCUACGGAGAGGAGCGUUUGCUGCAGGACUGCCAAUCUUCUGGCGUCAAUGGCUUCAUUGUCGUUGACUUGCCCCCGGAGGAGGCCGUUUCCUUCCGCAAGCUCUGCACCAAGGGCCACCUCUCAUAUGUCCCCUUGAUCGCUCCUGCAACAUCAGAUACCCGUAUGAAGAUUCUUUGCCAGCUCGCAGAUUCUUUCAUCUACGUUGUCUCAAGACAGGGUGUCACCGGCGCUACCGGAUCUCUCAACACCGCACUCCCCGAUCUCCUCAGCCGAGUUAAGAAGUACAGCGGCAACAAGCCGGCAGCCGUCGGCUUCGGUGUCAGCACCCACGAACACUUCCAGAGCGUCGCCGCCAUCGCCGACGGUGUCGUUGUCGGCAGCCAGAUCAUUACCACCAUUCAGAAGGCUGCUUCUGGCCAGCACGACGCCGACGUCGAGAAAUACUGCGCCUAUCUCUGCGGCCGUGACUCUCGACCUGCUGUCCUCAAGGAUGAAGUAACUCUGGUCCAGGACGCCCCUGGCAACCAGGAGCAAGAUAGCGCUUUGGUGGCUCAGUUGGCAGCUCUCCACGGCAAAAUCCCCGAGCGAUUUGGAGAGUUUGGUGGCCAGUAUGUCCCCGAGAGUUUGAUGGACUGCCUGUCCGAGCUUGAGGAAGGUUUCAACAAGAUCAAGGACGAUCCCUCGUUCUGGGAGGAGUACCGAUCAUACUACGACUACAUGGGACGACCUUCUCGCCUCCACCUGGCAGACCGUCUUACUGAGCACUGCGGCGGUGCCAACAUCUGGCUCAAGCGAGAGGAUCUGAACCACACUGGUAGCCACAAGAUCAACAACGCCCUCGGACAACUGCUCCUGGCUAGACGUCUGGGAAAGACCAAGAUUAUUGCUGAGACUGGUGCCGGCCAGCACGGUGUUGCCACUGCUACUGUGUGUGCCAAAUUCGGCAUGGAGUGCACAGUUUACAUGGGAGCUGAGGAUGUCCGUCGACAGGCUCUCAACGUCUUCAGAAUGAGACUGCUUGGCGCCAAGGUUGUUGCCGUCGAAGCUGGAAGCAAGACUCUCCGAGAUGCCGUCAACGAGGCUCUUCGUGCCUGGGUGGUUGACCUCGAGACCACUCACUACAUCAUCGGAUCCGCCAUUGGACCUCACCCCUAUCCUACCAUCGUGAGGACGUUCCAGUCCGUGAUUGGUGACGAGACCAAGAAGCAGAUGAUGGAGAUGCGAGGCAAGCUCCCCGAUGCCGUUGUUGCCUGCGUUGGUGGAGGCAGCAACGCCGUUGGCAUGUUCUACCCAUUUGCCAACGACCCUACGGUCAAGCUUCUCGGUGUUGAGGCUGGUGGUGAUGGUGUCGACACGGCCAGACAUAGCGCUACCCUUACCGGUGGAUCAAAGGGUGUUCUUCAUGGAGUCCGUACCUACGUUCUCCAGGACAAGAACGGCCAGAUCAUUGAGACACACUCUGUCUCUGCUGGUCUCGACUACCCCGGUGUCGGACCCGAGCUUAGCUCUUGGAAGGAUGCUGAGCGAGCCAAGUUCAUUGCCGCAACUGACGCUGAGGCUCUCACUGGCUUCAGGCUUCUCAGCCAGCUGGAGGGUAUCAUCCCUGCGCUGGAGUCGGCUCACGGAAUCUACGGUGCCAUUGAGCUGGCCAAGACGAUGAAGAAGGAUGAGGACCUUGUCAUCUGCCUUUCCGGCAGAGGAGACAAGGACGUGCAGAGCGUGGCCGAGGAAUUGCCCAGACUUGGCCCCAAGAUUGGCUGGGAUCUUCGCUUUUAG